UAACCUGGAAAAUAAUUUUAGCAGAAGUAGCAAAAGGAAAUUUCCUGAGGUGACAUCAAAACUGAAAAUUUGGGGGGCCCUCUCAAUGGAAGCAAACCUAACGGAAAACGUCGGCGGAAACACACGGCGGCGAAUUUGCACCACCGGGUGCGACAGACCAAUCAACGUAUGUCUCUGCGAUAAAAUCCCCCGCGAUAAAAUCGGCACCAUAACAAAGAUAAUCAUAAUACAACACCCACACGAGAGACGACACAAGCUCGCUACUGUUCCGGUACUCGCCAAGUGUCUUGAUAACUGUGAGAUCGUCUUCGGUCGCCGACUGCGCCGUACGGUCUCUCCAUUUCUCGAUUCGCUGUGCGCUGAUGCUGUUGCGCACCCUCAGAAUGCGCGCCGUGUCGUGUUUUUGUUCCCUGGUACAGAGACAAUGCCAUCAUUAGAUAUUGAUGAGUGGAAAUCGUUGCAUGGCGAUGCUAAUGUUAUGAGCAAUCUCGUUUUGAUUGCUUUUGAUGCGACUUGGAAGCAUGCCAAGGAGAUGGUUCAAGCUAGCUUACCCUUUUUAACCAAGUUUGCCAUUCAGAUUUCUUUGCCUUGUAAAGUUGAGGUAGACGGUGACUCGAUUUAUACUUCUGAUUUAACACUUCGGAAAGAACCGUUCAGUGGGUGUAUGAGUACGUUGGAGGCUAUUGCAAGAUGCUUGCGGAUUCUUGAACCAAAUGGGGCUGAGAUUGAGUCAAGAUUGAUUGAGCUUUUGAAAGAUAUGGUAAAGCUUCAAGCUUGUUUUCUAAAGCCCAUGAAGCCGAGAGUGAAGCUUUCAAAGAAGAGUAAAAGCAUAGGUAUCGAGAAUGGAGCUGAUAAAGAUUGAAAAACUUGAAGCAGUUCAGGGUCUAAGAAAAAUGCUCACAUGUGAAGGAAAUAACAAACUGAGCAAGUGUAACUCUAUGAUAACUGGUUAUAUAAACUAUGAAUGCUGGAAGUUGGGACUCAAGGACAAACUUCAUCAAUUGAUGUCAACACUUGACAUAUGCUCUAGGAACCUGGGCUAACAUAGAAUGAUGAGAAGAAUUUUUGCUUUUUUGGUGGGGAAGCUCUUUGCGAAAACAACACAAGGCAGAUCCUCAAUCUUCAACUAAGGGGGCAAACAGACUCUGAUACGACUCAAUUUACGAAUGCUGAUAAUAUUCUUUCACGAGAAUCCAGUUAGCUGACAGUGCAAGAAAAGGUAAUUGCUAGUAUAUAUUCGAGCGCAAAGAAGUAGAAAGAAAGAUAAAUGAAGUAGCUAU